AUGGCUAACCGUGAAUUCUAUUAUUUCUACGCACCUACAUGGGACAAUCCUCCCAAUGGUCCAAUUAAGCUGGGCAAUGUCAUCACCUCAGUGAAAGAGCCUCAUCGACCCCGCUUCUAUCAUCCGCCUUCUGAUGACUCCGAUAUCACCAAGUUGGAAAAAAAGAGUGUCCAAUACACAAAGGAGAAAUUGAAGAGCGGGAGAUUCUCCAUUUUGACUAAGUUCCUUAGUGUUUUCGGCUUUGGUGUCGACGUCGGUGCUGAAAUUGAAAGAAGCGAUCAAGAAACAUUCUUCUUUAAAACUCUUGAGACCACUCAGUUUACACCGACCCCGACGUAUCUUCAGAAGUGCGUCGAGGCCGAAACUGUGCGUCGCUACUUGGAAAUUACUCGGUACCGAAAACCUAUCUACAUUAUUACGGGACUCAAAAUUGUCACUGGCGCCGAGGCAAAAACGCUCAAGUCCCGGACAGUGGGUAGUAACCUUGCCGUAGAGGUUGAUGGGACAGUAUGGAGUGGUGGUGCCGUCCCUGUCGGCGGCGGUCCUGGCAUUGAAGGCAAAACUACUACGAGUGAAGGAACAAAAUGGGAGGCUAGCGGUGACUUCGUAUUCGCAUUCCGUGUGAGCAAGGUUAUCGUGAAAAAGACUGGGGACUUAAAUGAGGAGGAAUUUCGCAAGGGGGCUAUGAUGGAUAGCGAGAGCAAAGUGAAACAUUCUGACCUCUCUAUCGUCAGCGUCGAAGAGCCAGAUGCAAAGUCUCAAGGUUUUGGUGAAGAAGAGGCGAUGGAAGAUGAUGAAGUCGUGUUGUGUGGUAUACCGAUGCCAGAGCCACAUGAUCACUGA